AUGGUCCUGGCUGCCAAUGGGUUUAUCUGCGUUGGGACAGAUAAGGGCCGCAUAUUCGUUUUCGAUUUCAAGCAAACAUUGAAGUGUAUAUGCGGUAGAUCAAUCCUUGGGCCUGUCUCCGCGGUUGCGCUAUCGAACGACCAUACAUUUGUCGCAUCUGGGCAUACUACGGGCUACAUCCAACUUUUCAACUUAAAAAACCCUGAGGUCGCAGCUCGUACCGUGACACCUGUUACUCUUGCCGCUAUCACGUCUGGCCGACAGGAAGGACAUCUUUCAGGCUCCCGUAUCAUCAGCAUAUCAUUUGUGGCUGGCCGUCAUACAGCUGUGGUCUCCGCUGAUGAGCACGGUCUAUCGUUUUAUCACAGCCUUGGCAAAGUCCUAUUUGUGGAUGCAUCAGAUACGAUACGCAUUUUCGGGAACUAUCAUGGAGAGGAUGCUCCCGAAGCUAGUAUCGUUGGUCAUCCCGCAGACCCACUUUCCCAACAGAACGCACUCAAUCGCACCUCCUUUCGCCGCAGAAGACGACCAUACAAUACAAUCCUAGCAAUGAGCACUCUUCCUCUAGGACCUCUUCCACAUUCCACCGAUGCAUAUCAGAUUGCUGCCUUGCUGACGCCUACAAAACUCGUUGUUGUGGGCCUGCAGCCUACUCCAAAGACAUGGCUGAAAAUUAUGCGAGAUGAGGAACAAUUGUCGUUCCCCGCUUAUCGAAGGAGAGGAUGUCUUGCGUGGUUCCCUAGCGUUCAAGAUAGUUCCACAGAAAAAUUGGACAAAACAAUGGGCAAGAAGAAUGCAAAGGACGGGAAACGAUCACAACGCACGCCAACUCAUCCUGUUCUCUCGUACUCGUGGGGGGGUCACGUAUAUCUAUUACGUGUACAUGAACAGAAGAUCAAACAGACCGUGUUAAACAGCCGCACAGGGAAAAUGAACGAAGUGGAAGUUGGCACGCUGGUGUUCGAGGAGGCGGGAAAGUGGAUGAUGGAUGAUGCCGUCCUUGCCAUCCAAUGGCUUAAUGUCAAUCAAAUGGCCAUAUUUACUGCGAGCACCUUGAGUAUCUAUGAUGUGCAUGGCAUGAAAAUAGUUGAAACUGUCCGAUUCGACUCUUCUUCGCUGGUAUCGCCUUCGCUAGGUUCUACGGGAAAUGGCUCGGUAUCAUACUCGGAAUCUGUGAGAGACAUCGCCCAUAGUAUUCGGACCUACAAAGGAAAGGAACUACUUGUUGGUACCUUGCUUAGCUGGGCUGACAGGAUCCUGUCCUUCGUUGAACAGGGUGAUUUUCUCAGUGCCAUCAAUCUGACCCGGACAUACUAUACAGGCGAGGCUCCUGGCAACCGUAAUGGUCUUCCUGAAGAUCCAGAAGAACGUCAGAUCGUAAUCGCUGAUAAAAUUCAUGACCUGAUGGUGGCAUCCUCCCGUUAUGCAUUUUCUGAAGACCGCAUGACAGAUGGCACACACGCGUCACUUGAUGGACGGGGCGUCGAUCGCACCUCGCUCUUUGAAGAUCUGGUAGCAACAUGUGCCCGUGCUUGUAUUGCUUUGGAUGACUUUGACUUCUUGUUCGAAGAAUUGUUCCAGCAGUACGAAAACGCCGGCAUUUACCGGAUGUUCCUCCAUCAGCUUGAACCUUUCGUGUUGAAUGGCAGCAUCCCUUCAGUGCCUCCUCGCAUCACACAACGACUAGUGGCGCUACAUGAGGAGGACGGACGUCCAGAUCUCGCAGAACGAAUUAUCUGGCACAUCGAGCCCUCUUGCUUGGACAUCAACCAAGCCAUUAAUCUCUGCCGAACCCACCAGCUAUGGGAUGCGUUGGUUUAUGUGUACACUCGUGCACUGCGAGAUUAUGUUUCUCCCAUCAUCGAAUCCCUUGCCCUUAUCCGUAGCCUACGGCAGAACCCAGCGCCUACAGACACCAUCAUUAAGAAUGCUUAUAAGAUUUAUUCUUACUUGGCAACCGUGCUGUGUGGGAAAAUCUAUCCAAGCCAGGAGCCUAUGGAGCCAGAUGAGGCUUCAUUUGCUAAAAGAGAUGUGUACUCGUUCGUUUUUUGCGGACAUUCCACUAUCUGGCCCGCUGAAGGAGGAAAUAUGGUUUUGACAUCCCAAGACGAGAGCGGUAUGGAACCAACAUAUCCCUAUGCUCGACUCUUACUCCGCUUCGAUGCUGAAUCGUUCCUGGAUUGCUUGGAUAUGGCUUUUGAGGACUCAUAUCUACACGACUUCCCAGACAUGAGUCGGCUGAUGAUAGUGAGGAUUCUACUGGAUAUUAUGUCCAGUGAAGAUCUCUCACCAUCUGAUGCCACGUUUAUGAAUAUCUUCAUUGCACGGAACGUCCCAAAGUACCCCCACCACAUUGAAGUCGCACCCAGUAUCCUUCAUAACAUUCUUAUUGCACUCGCUAUCCAGCCUGAAGUGGAAACGCGAGAGGACCGUCAGCUCGCGGCAGAGUAUCUCCUGUCCGUUUACACCCCUCAUGAUGGAGACCGAAUUCUGCAGCUCUUUGAAGAUGCCGGAUUUUAUCGCAUCUUACGUAGUCGGUACCGCCACGAGCUUCGCUGGGGUCCCCUCCUCACCGCGUUCCUUCAUGAUCCAGAACUCCGUUCUUCAGAAAUAUUCAGCGGCUUGGAAGAAGCCAUUGCCAGUUCGGCAAGAGAUAACAAAAAGCAGGUUCCUGGCGAUGUCAUUAAUACUCUCGCCAUUUCACUGGAUCAACUCUUACAAGCCGACGUUCUUGCAACUGCGUCUCUUCUAGACAAGCAUGCCCCUCAGCUUCAUGAGACCGCACUUCAGAGACCCCCCUUGUCGGAUGAUCGCGACCAAUUUGUCUACCUCAACCACCUGAUCCCUGACAGUGAAUAUGACCAGUAUUCUACCACUCCCAGUUCCCCGACUCGUAUCAAUAGCCGGCUUCGCCACCACUUCGUCAGCUUGCAGUGUCGUUUUUCUCCUUCUGGUGUCAUUUCCGUCCUUAAACGUUUACAAGACGGCAUUGACUGGCCGACGGCUUUGGGUAUAUGCGAGGAAGCAGGAGCGUAUGAUGCUGUCAUAUGGGCCUUGAAUUACACUGGACAGCCACGGGAAGCCCUCUCAAAAGCCGACGUAUUUGAGAAGCAACUCACGCUAGAUCUUGCGCGCACACUAGCCUCGCCAGCUCCUAGUUCUACGGACUCGGUCAACAAACACCUGAAUGACCUGCAAGCUAUUGGACGACGCGGUAUAUCAGUAUGCAUGGAACAUUCCAGUUCGUCUUCUCCUGCAGAAGUUCCUCUCGAGGACAUUUGGUACCAGCUUCUGGCUAGCCAGAUUCAUACUGUACAAACCCUCUCGGCCUGCUGCUCCACUGGCAAAGGUAGCGACGCAGGGCUUGAGAGUGAAGUGUUGUCGACCUUGCGGGCUAUCGUCCAAGAGACAUUUGCGUCUUUGGUUUCUGUAAGCUCCACUCAGGCAGUAUCGUUUCCUCGACUGUUCAAGCGUUUGGUGGAUCCUGCCAUUCACUCCGGCACGACAGGCAUCCUCUAUGCGGAGUUCCGUACGAUUCUGACUGGCAUGCUGGAAUCGUAUCGAACCGAUGGAGACAUGUUAAUCAUCUCGAAACAUCUCAUUGACCGGGAUGUGUUCGAUUCCGUAGAACUAUACGCAAAAGAGAAAAUGCGUGGCUGGGCCCCAUCUUGCGGUGUAUGUUCAUCAUGUGGUCGGACUUUACUUCCUUCUCAGGCAGAUGUCGAGGGCGUUCAGAUUAGACUUUCACGGACAGGGACUAUAUACCAUCUCAGAUGCUCAGCUUUGGAUUCCUAA